CGAGUCCUCUCGGUGCGCGGAGGCAUAACCCGGAAGUUGUUCUCGCGGUGGCUCUCUCGUGCUUCGUGGGGGGGGAUCAGAAGCCUGCGGUCUCGGUAGCCGGCGGUGCCGCUGAGAUGACCAAAGUCAAGAGGGAAGUGGAGGAGUCGGAGGCGGCGCCGGAGAGCUCCGGGGCUCCUGAGCGGACGUACGAGGAGAUGCUGUCGAACCUGAACCCCAUCGCGCAGCCCCUAGCGUCCCGCCGCCUGACUCGGAAGCUGUACAAGUGCAUCAAGAAAGCCGUGAAGCAGAAGCAGAUCCGGCGAGGCGUGAAGGAAGUUCAGAAAUUUCUUAACAAAGGAGAAAAGGGGAUUAUGGUUUUGGCUGGGGACACACUACCCAUCGAGGUAUACUGCCAUCUCCCCAUUAUGUGUGAGGAUCUGAGUAUGCCGUAUGCCUAUGUUCCCUCGAAAACGGAUCUGGGAGCAGCUGCUGGCUCUAAGCGCCCAACUUGUGUGAUCAUGAUUAAGCCACAUGAGGACUACCAGGCUACAUAUGAUGACUGUCUGGAGGAAGUAGAGUCUCUUCCAGUCCCCUUGUAAAGAAAAGUAGUGUCGUGUUCAUGAUUAUUUAGGAGACCUUUCUUGACUGCAAAAGACAGUGGUACAAGCAAACUGCUUCAUUAUGCCUGCAAGGAGCAGGUGACCCUCCAUCAUUUCCCCACCAGCAUUCCCAGAGAUUUUUUUUUUAUGAUAGCUCAAACAGUAAUUUCACAAAAGUUUGGCCAGUAGUAUCAUGGUUGUCAAGGCUGUUUACUACUAAGCAGUGAAAUAAAGUUUUGAAAAAAUAA